AUUUUAGAACCAUUUUACUAUUGUGAACGGCUCAAAGGACAAAUUACUGUCAAAAUAAUAAAAAUUGUUAUACAGGCUGACUUCCUAAAUGUAUUUUGCAUUGCAAUCGAACAAUGUAUUACAUUCCCAAACGCAGUUGCUAAAACUUUGACAAAGUAUCGUAUUCCUAAUAGCAACCCUGCCCGAUAAAUGCGCAGAAAAAAGCAAUUGGCGCAUCACUAACAUUGUUGAUACAUUUAUUCUACAAUUCUAUUCUACAAUGGCGACCGAAGAAGAAACGUUUUAGUCGCUGUCGAAUCAUCUGUUCCAUCGGUUGCUUUGGUACCUCAAACAAAAUCAUCUGUUCAAGAAAAUUUUUACAGUACAAUCUCAGGUCCAAGGUCCUAUGGAUCGUUGUAUAAACAAUGCUAAUUCUUUUUCAGCUUUAUUGACGUAUUAACCUUUCUUCACAGAAACUGAGAUGAAGACUGUUGAGCUGGGCGCUUAUCUCAUGGAAGAGAGGAAAACAAUAGAAAAUUUGAGCUUGAAAUUAAGAAAUAUAUGCAAUGACUGGGGUCUUGAUGAUAGUAAAAUAGCAGCAUUCGUUUCAGACGGGGGCGCAAACAUCAAAGGAGCUAUUAAAAGUGAGUUCGGCGAUGGGAAACACAUUUCAUGUUUUGGACAUGUAAUAAAUAAUAUUGGUCAGCGCCUUAUCGAAGUUAAUAUUACUCCACCUUCAUCUGAAUCUCGAAAUCAAGUUUCCGACUUACCCGCUGAUGAAAAUGAUGCUAUUGACAAUCUUGAAGACUUAAUUACAGAUCAUACUGAGCAAUCCUCAUUGCGUGAGCUAUUGUCAAAAGUUAAACAAAUUGUCACAUUCUUUCGACAAAGUGAAAGAGCGACUACAGAGCUGCUGAAAUUACAGAAGGACAAGCCUGAAAAUUCUCGUCUGAAAUUAAUUCAGGAAGUGCGAACGAGAUGGAACUCCUGUUUUGAAAUGGUUGACCGUUUCAUUGUGCUUGCUGAUCAUGUCAGUAAAGUGCUUUUACAAGUGAAGAUGGACAAAUCUUUGAAAGCUAAGCCACCUAACAUGAUCACAGGUGAGGAAAUCGAUGCGUUAGUAGAAGUUCGUGACAUCUUAAAACCUCUCUUGCAAAUAACUCAAGAAGUUUGUUUUGAGAAAUGUGUAACAUUGAGCAAGUGCAUUCCUUUGAUUUCAAGUCUUAGAAAAAAGAUUGAAGAGUUAACGCCAGAAACUUUAAUUGGGCGACAUUUGAAAAAGAGAAUGGUUCAAGACAUCGAAACAAAAUACGGCAAUAUUGAAUCCGUAAAACUGUACGCUUGUGCAUCAUUGGUUGAUCCUCGUUAUAAAAAGUUUGGUUUUCAAAGUAUUCGGGAUUCUGCACGAGCGGUAACUAAUGUCGCUGAUCUUGUCAAGACAGAACGAAAAUUAGCAUUGGCAGCAACGGUGGCAAAUAUUAACCCUCAAGAUGAGAUAUUAGCUAUUUGAGGUCCGGAAUCUCAGAAAACGAACGAUGACAAUGAUGAUUUAUGGUCUUAUUUUGAUAACACUGUGAGUUGUAGUUCCAAUCUUGCAGAUUCUGAUGAGGCUUUGGGAUUACCAAUACAAUUACGACAAUAUUUGACACGCCCGGCUGUCAAUCGGAAACAAAAUCCUAAUCCGUUCACUGUGUGGGAAAGUAUGAAAUAUGAAUAUCCGUAUCUAUGGAAAGUAGCUAAAAAGUACUUGCCAAUAGUUGCAACGUCUGUACCCUGUGAGCGAUUAUUUUCACAUGCAGGACUUAUCGCAAAUCAGUUGAGGAGUCGCUUAUCACCUCAGCACAUUAAUAAGCUAAUAUUUUUAAGAUCAAUCGGCGAAGAAAUGUGGUUUUCGUAGUUAUUUAUUUUUAAAUUUUUUGUUUUUUAAUUAAAAAAAGCAAUUUUAUUGUCCAAUACCAAAAUGUAUGCAAUGAAAUCCUAAAAUACUUUUUAUAAUAUGUUAAAAACUAAAAAAAUAUUGAUAUAUCUAAUGAAUUUCGUGUACUAGUUGCUUAAUUUAUAAAAAGUCAACUUAAGUCACAAAAGUCGACUAUCGGGGUUGAUUAAUUGACUUCCAGAAUCGAAAAACUAGAAGUCAAUUCCAAAGUCAAAAAUCGAUUCCGCUCGCGCUCUUUCCAUCCCUAUACUUGCCUCCUAUUGGUCAAGUUUUGACAACUUACCGUCUGUUAAUGGCAUCAUAUAUUUUAAUGUUUGGCAUGUUAUAUAUAUGUUACCUCUGCUGAAGCAUAUGUUAGCACCUAUGUUACCCCUAUGUUAUUCAGAACAGAUGUAUUUGUUACCGAACGGGUCAUUGUUUUGGUUAGCAGUUUGUUACCUAUAUUUGUUAUAUCUUUCCGCUAACAGGUAAAAACAAUUCAUUUUUUUUUGUUUUUUAAUUUAUUUUAUUACAUUUUCAAUCAUUACAAAAUCAAAUAUGUAGAUAGUACAAUCUUAUAAACUUAAACAGUUGCGUACCAUGGCACGAUUCCGAUUACUUUGGCGGUCGGGGUUUGACAACUCCGAUUGGUAUAAAUGGGGUAUCGGGUGAAAGAGGAGGCUCUCCAGAGCAGGAAUAGAUAUAAAAUAUUCUUGAUCAGAGUUAUAGGCGUAUCACACACACAAUUUUUUCACAUUUUUCACUUCAUAUAUGUAUUGAAAAGUACGCUAUUCACAUACAAUUUAAUUCAAAUUCUAAAUUUAUUUAAGGUUUUUUAAGCAAAAAUUACUUCUUUUAAAAAUCACUUCGCACACUAAUAGCCAGGGAUAAAGGGAUGUCCAACUUAUUCCAGUGUGAGAGCGCCUCAACAUUUUGCAUUAUUACCAGAUAAGACAAAAUACUAAUUUUUGGGCAUUUAAAUAAAAAUACCCAACAUUUAUUAUGAAUAAAAAUUAUUAUAUACUGAAAAUUUAAUAUAAAAUAACUUAUUUCAAUUUCAUUUAGCGAUAAAUUGGUAUAUUAAAAUAGCCGGUUUUCGAAGUUUCAGUAAUAAAUAUGGUCAAUUAUUAAGUGUCAACUGAAAAUAAAUCAAUUUCUUUUAUAAUUUUCCAUGAAAAAUUAUUUUCUCGAUACUGCAAUUCACAAACAUAUUUUUAAACCACUUUUAAAUUACGCGUUUUCAUUGAUAUUUAUUGUUUUAAGUUCUUAUUAGUGAUCUUGCAAGGCGGCUGAAAAUGUCUCCAUCGCAUUAUUUUUUUGGCAACAUUUCAAUCUGGCCUUUCCAGUUUCCUAAUUGCGAAACGUCAAAACCUCCUCAUCUCGACAAACUGUCAAAGUUUAGGAGGUUUUGACGUUUACAAUUGCGCUCUCACUUCCAGUGAUAUGAGAGUUGUACAUAUCUUUAUCUCUGCUAAUAGCUGAAAAGGAUUCUGUGCUUACAAUUAUGUGGAAACAGAACGUUGCCACAUGGUAGAAACCACAGAUAAUGGUUUUUUUAAUGACUGCGUGUUAUUUAUUUGCAUAUCACAACUUUUUGUCGUAGAACUUUCUUCUGCAUCAAGUAUGUAUAUAAAAAACUUUGCAGGGAUGUCUGAAAUUGUUUUUUCGCAUAGAACUCCUUACAUCAUUGGGGGCCUUCGGCCGCGCUUAAAAAAAUUACCCUGGUGGAGCCAAAACCGGGGUGUCCGAAGUUUUUUUUUUGUGUAGAACUCCUUUCUGUACUAGCGGCCUUCGGCCGCGCUUCAAAAAUAUUACCCUGGUCGAGCCAAAACCAGGGGUGUCCGAAGUUUUUUCGCGUAGAAUUCCUUUUUGCACUGGCGGCUUUCGGCCGCGCUUCAAAAAAAUUACCCUCGUCAAGCCAAACCAGGGGUGUCCGAAGUUUUUUUUGUGUAGAACUCCUUUCUGCACAGGGGACCUUCGGCCGCGCUUCAAAAAAAUAACCUUGGUCGAGCCAACACAAGUGUUAACAACAUAAGGGACUGUUAUCGAUAUUAUAUUUUUAAAUUUAUUUUGUUAAAUAAAAUAAGAGGAAUUUUGGAAAAAAAAGACGAAUUUUCGCAAAAAGAGGAAUUUAUGGAUGAAUUUAUAUAUGGUAUCUACAAUGUGGCAGCGCUCGUUUUCCGCAUAAUUGUAAACACAUAAAUCUUAGAGUGAAAAGUGAUUUUUAAAAUAAGUAAUUUUUGUUUAAAAAACUUUAAAUAAAUGUAAAAUUUGAAUUUUAUUGAAUGUUAGUAAUGUAAUUUCAAAUAUUUGAGGUGAAAAAAGAGCGUAAAAUGUGUUAAAGUGUUAAAUUGUUUGGCGAAAUUUUUUAUUUUUUGAUCUUUAAAGCGGAGUAUCUCGAAAACUAGGCGUCUGCGGUACCUAUAAUCCUAUAUAUUUUUUAAUCGGGAGGACGUCCUCCAAUGGUGCCCUCAGAUCGCGGCGCCAUAGUAAUCGGAAUUGUGCCCUUACCGUGAACAGCAUAAUUAUAAUUCAUUUUCAUUUUAUUAGAAUAAAGCUGAUUUAAAAACUUUGGCACUGUUGUCUUUCACCAAUUCGGACUUGUAAAUCACAAAAUAUGCUACACGUGCAAUAAUUAUCUCGCGGUCCACGAUCCGCGAUAUCGAUUUCAAUAUAUUUAAAUAUUUAGUGACAUGGAUCAGGAUCCAUCAAUAUUGCAUGCUAAAUGAUCAAUAAAUAUCACGAUAAAUACUGAACGUGUAGCAGGCGCCAUAGCGACAGUGAUUGCUGGGCCUUAAUAUCAGUGAUUGUUGAUUUUUCUUGGAACGAUUAAGUUAACAGAUGUGUUGUAGCGGUAAUUUUUUGGUGUUUGAACUAGAUAUAGUGAAUUUGUAAGAAUGGGUUGUUCAUUGUGAAUAUAUUCAUUUGAAUACUAUUCAACGGUUGAUUUAAAAUAUAUGUUCAAAUACGUAGUUUGAUUUCGUGAAUCGCGUGAUUAAAUUAUAAAUAUAUUAUUGUCAUAAUGUAAAAGUGCGAAGAUAGCUUUUAAUAAAAAAAGAAGUGAAUGGUGGCAAUUUUUUCGACCCAAUAAGUGAAACUCAUGCAAAAUUUAAAAUUUGAAAUGCUUAAUAAACAUAUUAUACUAGUGGGCGGGCCACGCUUUGCUGUGGAUAAGGUAUAUGUAUGUUAAAUCCUAUUCUGGUUAACUAUUUGAUAAAGUGAAAUUAUUAGGGAGCAACUAAUUAUAUAAAAAUGUUAUAGCUUUUGCUGUAUCCUGAAGUUAAUGUUGUCAACACUAAAAUCUUUUGCUGCGAAAGUAUCGGGACAACUAAAUCAGUUAUUUUUUUACUUGCAUCUCAAUUAAUUAAUUUUUGUCGUGAACAAUAAGUCAUAAAUUGUCUGGCAGAUUAAUAUUGUAAUGGAUUUCCAAAACCUGUCGUUAACGCUGAAACUCUACCCUGAGUUUGAUCACAGGAUUGCAAAUAAAAGUCACACUUUAAUGGCUAUACACUAAACAUUACUUCUAAUUCCUUAUAACUUAACACUUUAUUACUUAUUACUCUUCUUUACAACUCUAACUUAUAGCUUGUUUAUACUUUACUCGACAACUCUUUCCUUUGACAGUUCAACUCUCUUAUUAGAACUGUGUGCUGCCGCCAGUCCGGCAACCCUUAUAUAGUCGAUUGUAAGCGAUACAUCGGCACUCGAACAUUCUGGCAACUACGAAUAUCGAUGUCUAGAUACAUCUGGCAAAUUAUCGAUUUCGAUUGUCAAUUCGAGUUUGUUCUGGUGCCAUUUUCGUUACAAUGCCCUCCACUUAUGUCUGAUCGUCCGAUACAACGGCACUCGAACAUUCUGGCAACUACGAAUAUCGAUGUCUAGAUACAUCUGGCAAAUUAUCGAUUUCGAUUGCCAAUUCGAGUUUGUUCUGGUGCCAUUUUCGUUACACUGCCCUCCACUUAUGUCUGAUCGUCCCGAUAAGACAUACUUCCAGAACCAAACGCUUAGCAUUUCUUCCCCUAAUUCGUCUUCUAGGACACUGUCGUCCUCCUUAACAUUCCUUUCUCCAUUGGCAUUAAUCCUAAACCUUAAAUCAAUCAGUAACCAAAAAUUAUACUCGCAGUCGUCUACGCCGUUGAUUCCUGGACAGCAGGCCAAUUAGCCAGAAACAUGGAUAUAUGGACAUUCUCUGUACCUGUGGUGAUACCUGUCCACCAGCUUUCUAAAAUGCUCUGCCAAAUUUCGGGUGAAUCUUUCCACCAUGUUAUCGGAUCGUGGAUGUGAUGCUGCUUCAAAUAUUUUCCGGACACAUAGCUUCUGGCACAUCUCCUAACUUUUAAUGUCCACGUCCACCAUCUCUUCAGUAUCUUGGCUUAGAAUUGAGUAUUUCUCCGUCCUAGCCAUCUAACCACUCCUGUUUCCCGAUCUGCAGGUAGGUAAUGGACCAGCUACAACGAUGGCAAUUUGCUCAAAUGGCAUUCCCGAAUUGUACUGCUUCACCUGACCAUGUCUCCUGGAACUCGACUCAUUUACAAUGCAAUCUCUAAUUGAUUGACGACAACCAACCAAAUAAAACUGAAACCGUGAUUCUUAUGUGCACUUCACUUGGACCUUUGUGCAUCUCGUAGCGAACUUUAGGUGAUCUUUCGUUUCGAACAACCAUGAGAGCGCGGGAGCAGUAUCCUCCUUUGACUUUCCACACUCGAUAUAAGCCACCGGCCACCAACUUAAAACUGUUCCACUGUGCCUUUGCGACUAGAGGUUCUGCAGACACCUCUGCUUUCUUUGAACGUUUCACAACUGGAGCUUCAUCUUGAGAUUGUUGUACAUUCCUAUCACAAUCUUUUGUCCAUGACACGUCUGUUUUCUCUGGGGUACCCAUAUCAAUAUAUGUGCCUCCUGCUAACUCAAUUGUGUGAACACCUGUUCUGGAACCUGCGAUGGUAUACACUCUCCAUGCACUUCCAGCUUUGUUGACAACUCUUCUCUUUUUAAGGCACCUCCAUCGACUCCUCUUCUUUCAACUUUGAGGACUCCCCAUUCACUUCCAAUUGUGUUAACAAAAUCUCUCCAUGCGCUACCAAAGUUCUUGAUAUACAAGUCUCAUUCGCUUUCAAAUAUGUGAACAUAUUCUCCUCAUGCAUUUCCAGCUGUGCUAACAUGUCUGCUUUAUUCGAGGUCAGCGAAUGGGUUGAAAGUUGAGUUACAAGCCCGUUUGCGAGAGGCCAUGGAAGAAGAAAACAUCAACGUGGACGAUUUUUAUUUUUGAAUCGCUGUUAGAGGAAUCGACAACGAAAAUUGAGAAAAAGGAAGAUACUCCAUGUUCAUCAGGAGUACUGGACAUGAACAAACUUUUGUCUGCAAUAUCGUCACAGCUGGUCAACGCGAAUGGAAGAACAGGACACACGCUUACCAACAAAGACCAACAAAUAACAGAGCAGAUAUCAGCUCAAGUAUCAGUACAGUUGAAAGAUCACAAGUGACCUCACAAAUACAGGAACUCAAACGCAGAUUUCAGAAGAGCAAGAUAAAGUUAAAGCUGAUGUGGAAGAACUGAAAGAUCGUCUCCGUGACCUGCAACUAAAUUGACUAACGGUGUCAACAAGUUCUGUCAAAGUCAAGACCCCAUCAUUUUACGGCACAACUCCGUUCCAGUUUUUCAAACUCCAAUUUGAAAAGACAGCUACAAGCGUCAAUGGGUGCUGUAGAAAGACAGUAUGGAAGUGAGCAACGGAGACAAAUUUUAAAAAUCGAACUGCAAAAUCGCAAACAGAAAGCUAGUGAGCCUCUGCAAGAAUGGAUAUAAAAAUCCACAGUUUCGUUAAUGGUAUAAGAGACGAGAAUAGGCGCUAUUCUGCACUCGCAUGCCCAAAAUUGACAUUUGCAUAAACAGUGUCCUUUGCUCUAACGCACGAAACUGCCCCCUUACUUAGCAACAUAACAUUUAAAGCUCAUCGUGUAGAAAUAGAAGAGCCUGCCUGGACGCAGAAAUUUUUUGAAGAAAUGCAUAAAAUGCUGGAGAAAUCUGGAGAAACACGGUGAAGACCAUCAACCAACUCUGAAAAGCACCCAAUCGUUAAACUAAACUGGCUCCGUCAAGUGAAUGCCCUUUAAUCUCUGUCUCUCAAAUAAAUAGAAAUACGAACAACGUUACAUUAGUGGAUGCGUGGACGGUAGAAAACGAAUUCUGACUGUGGAUACGGGAGCAACACAUUCCAUAAUUCGAUCGGAUCUAGUUAACAAGGAAGAAAACCACUAGCUGGUGCAAAGUUAUGUACUGCAACUGGAGAUGUUACUCAAGUUCCCGGGAAGUAACGCGCGAAAUUGGAAUAGGAAAGAUAGCCGUGUUACAUAACUUUAUAGUGGCAGAUAUCGUCGACGAAGUCAUAAUUGGAGUAGACUUUCUAGCCAGUAAUGAAGUCAAAUUUGACAUGGAAAACAAAAUUAUGACUUAUAUCAAUAUGGAAGUGCCUCUUAUGUUUGGUUAUGAUAACAAAUGCAACGUUCGACGAGUGUUAAUAACAGAAAAUCAGAAGAUUCCACCAAAAUCAGAAGCAAUUAUUUGGGCAGAAAUAUAUGGAGACUAUGGGACAAACACGUUGUGGGUUGUUGAAGAGGCAAAAGAAUUUACACCAAAUUUACUUACAGGAAAAACCCUGGCUAUGACACGACAAGACAAAAGAGUUCCUGUAAGAGGCCUUAAUGAGUGUAAGCCACCAAUCACAGUCUCCAAAGUAGCUAUAUUAGGGCAGUGUCAGGAGAUUGAGGCCGUAAUAAACUGCGAAACACGUAUUAAAGGAAAUUCUGCGAGUAAAAACGAUAUUUCGAACGAGAUUAACGCUUGGACUAAUGAACUAGAGGUAGACCGUAAAAAGAAGGAUAAACAACUUCUUCUCAAAUACUCCACCAUAUUUGAUAAAGAUGAAUCCAAACCAAUCCGCCAGGCUCCUCGCAGCGUUCCAUUAGCCAAACGUGAAGUUGUAAGCCAAACCAUACGUGAAAUGAGCGAUAGCGGCAUAAUUGAGUCCAUCAUCGAGUCCAUGGAGUUCACCUGUAGUACUUGUGAAGAAGAAAGAUGGCAACAUGAGGUUCUGCGUGGACUAUAGAAAGUUGAAUGAUGUCACGCAGAAAGACAGCUAUCCAUUAGCUAGAAUAGAUGACACUCUAGACCCGCUAUCAGGCACGAAUUGGUUCUCAACACUCGAUUUGAAAAGUGGAUAUUGGCAAGUAGAGGUAAACGAAGAAGACAAAGAAAAGAUGGCUUUCAGCGUUGGAGAUGGUCUAUGGUAAUUCACUGUAAUGCCCUUUGGCUUAUGUAACGCUCCUUCCACUUUGGAGAGACUUAUGGACCAAGUGUUAAAAGGAUUGCACUGAAAGGCAUGCUUGGUGUACCUAGACGAUAUCAUCGUGUUGGGUAAAAGCUUUGAUGAGCAUCUUAAAAAUUUGGAAGAGGUUUUCCAACGCAUAGCUAGCGCUGGAUUAAAACUGAGCCCAAAGAAUUGUUCUCUUUUCAUGAAGGAAGUGAGCUAUUUAGGACACAAGGUGACACCGAAAGAUAUUUGCACAGCUCAAGAAAAGAUAGAGGCAGUGAAAGAUUGGCCUAGACCUGAAAAUUUAUACGAGUUGCGGAGUUUCCUUGGACUGUGUGCCUAUUACCGACGAUUCGUUCCAAAUUUCGCCAGUGUAGCUACUAGCCUCCAUGAACUCACGAAGGAGAACAAAGCCUUUGAGUGGAAUAAAGAACAGAAAUUGGCCUUCCAAACUCUGAAGGAGAGAUUAUGUACUGCGCCAAUGUUAGCAUAUCCAGUUCCAGGGUCAACGUUUAUCUUGGACAUGGAUGCUAGUGGCUAUGCAAUAGGGGGCGUUCUAUCACUAGAGAUUGACGGGAAUGAGAAAGUGGUCGCCUACUCCAGCCAGACGAUAAGUAAGCCAGAGCAGAAUUAUUGCGUAACGCGAAGAGAAUUACUGGUAUUGGUGAAGUCCAUCAAACAUUUCCACAAGUACCUUUAUGGCCAGCGAUUUCGAGUACGGACAGAUCAUGCACCAUUAAAAUGGUUUCUGCAAUUCAAGAAUCCAGAAGUACAGUUGGCACGAUGGAUUGAGAGACUCAAAAGUUAUGACUGCUCUAUAAAGCAUCGCAAAGAUAGCCUUUAUGGCCAGCGAUUUCGAGUACGGACAGAUCACGCACCAUUAAAAUGGCUUUUGCAAUUCAAGCAUCCAGAACGACAAUUGUCACGAUGGAUUGAGAGACUCCAAAGUUAUGACUUCUCUAUAGAGUGAACUGGUAAUGCAUGGAGUAGAGCUGAACAAGCGUCCAACGAGAGAAGAAAUAGCUGCAGAUAGUCCAGUUGCAAAGGCAUAUUGGGCACAGUGGAACAGUUAAAAGUUAGUAUCUGGCUGCUUGCAUCGAGUAUGGCAAAGCGAAGAUGGACAAAGUUCCCGAGCUCUUAUAAUCGUUCCGAAAAUAAAAAUUCCUGAUUUUCUCAAGGAGAUGCAUAACGGUCAUGGAAUCACAUGUAACAUGGGAAUUACCAAAACCUUGGAAAAACUAAAGGAAAGAUUUUAUUGGGUUGGUUGUCGGCAAUUAGUAACGGAGUGGAUUGCUAAUUGUGCUGAGUGCAUUACAGCUAAAGGGUCGAAAACCAGAAGUCACGGGCAGAUGAGUAGUACAAUUCUGGCGCUCCAUUUGAGCGAAUUGCCAUGGAUGUAGCUGGUCCGUUUCCUACCAGUAAAUUAAACAAAUAUGUUUUGGUAGUUAUGGAUUACUUCAGCAAAUGGCCAGAGGUGUACCCAAUUACUAAUCAAGAAGCUGAAACAGUAGCGGAUGUUUUCAUCAAUAAUUGGGUAACGAGAUUGACCAAGGAAGGAAUUUCGAAUGAGCUCUAAUUCAGGCAAUGUGCCACAAACUGGGUAUACGGAAAACUCGUACAACAGCCUUACAUCCACAUUCCGAUGGUAUGGUAGAACGUUUCAAUCGAACUUUGGAAGAACAUCUAAAGAAAGUGGCAGACAAAUAUCAAAAGGAUUGGGAUACCCAUAUAGCAUUGUUCCUGAUGGAUUAUCGGUCUGCCGUUUAUGAAACAACGGAGCAGACUUCAGCAAAGAUAAUCUUUGGUAUUCAUCUUCGGUUACCGAUUGAUUUAAAGCUUGAAAUGAACGCAAAUGGAGGAAAGACUGUUAAGGAAGCCAACAGUGUCCUAGAAGACGAGAUGAGGAAAAUCCAUGCUAUGGUGAGACAGCGCACACAAAUCAUGAGUGAUAAAAUGAAGACAAAAUACGACAAGGCAAUGAACUCUAAAGGAUUUGUGGAAGGAGAUUGGGUGUUGUUAUAUAACCAACAACGGAAGAAAGGAUUGUAUCCCAUAUUUCAAUGCAGUUGAGAAGGACCAUACCAGGUUGUUCAACGGAUAAGUGAUGUGGUGUAUCGCAUACAAACAAGAGGAGGUCUGGAAGACCUAGGAAUAAAUUGAAGGUGGUUCAUCCAGAACUUGCAGCAUUUGGUUCUGGAAGUAUCUCUAAUCGGGCCGAUCAGACUUAAGUGGAGGGCAGUGUGACGAACAUGUAUGCUAGAAUAAACUAGAAUCGACAAUCGAAAUCGAUAACUUGCCAGAUUUAUCCUGACAUCGAUAUUCAAAACAGACAGUGCAUGGGUUUGCCAAUGUUAGUCGCGUUUCCGGAAGACAGUUUUACACCAUUCUUGGCAAUUUCGUCCACAAUCUCGUUGCCUUCAAUGCCUUUAUGUCCUGGCACCCAGUAGAAGUGAAGACACGUGUUCCUAGCAACUCUCUCCACUGCCAUCCUGGUAUCCAAAACAAUUUUGGCCGAAAUGCAAACCGAGGUUGUUGCCUUGAUUGCUGCUUGACUGUCUACGUAGAUAUUGACUUUGAAGUAGCCGGCUGCUGUAUUGAGGGCUAGCUCUGCGGCUUUCCCAAUAGCAAAUACCUCCGCUUGAAAAAUACUGCAGUGGUUCGGAAGUUUAAAAGGCAGCUUUACACCUAACUCCUGACAGUGUAUUCCAGCACCUACCCCGUCCUCCAUUUUCCAGCCAUCCGUGUAGAUAUUCAAUGUGCUGCGUGAGAUUAUCAUUCCCUUAUGCCAGUCUUUUUCCAGGUUCACCUGGAAUCUUAUUUCCCAGUUCAUGAGUGGGGUCAAGUAGUCGGUACUUGUCAAACCGCCCCUACCCACCGAGCUGUGCCCAAAAGUUCUAUACGUAAAUUCCAUUUCCAUUGGCUUUCGGUAAGUUGACUUCUUCAAGCCUGUCCACCACACAAUAGCACCAUAGAGCAGGAUUGGUCUCACUAUCGCUGUGUAGCACCAGUGCAUGAGAGAGGGAGAAAGCCCCCAGGUAGUGCCGAGCAGCUGCCUGCAUGCAUAAAGAGCAUUACUAGCCUUUCUUACCCUUUCUUCCACAUUGUGCUUCCACAGUAACUUACUGUCCAAGACGACUCCUAGGUACUUAGUGCGGUCCUUUGGUGAUAGUUCUGUUCCGUUUAGCGAGGGAAACCUCCAUUGAGGGAUUUUGUAUUUCCUUGUAAACACAGGUAAAUCGGCUUUUUGUGCAUUCAACCCUAGGCCUGCUUGUGUUGCCCAAUUUUGGACAGUAUUGUGUGUGCUGAUCAUAAUGUUGCUAAUAGUAUGCAGACACUUUCCAGUUAUUACUAUGGCUAUGUCGUCCGCAUAUGCUACUAUUUUGGGAGCUUUACCUUCUAAGUUCUUCAACAGAUUAUUCACGACCAGUGUCCAAAGGAGCGGAGAAAGUACUCCGCCCUGCGGAGGUCCCCUACCAACUUCCUUGGUCGUUCUGGCAUCGUUCCAUUCUGCCGUUAUCCUUCUAGAAGUCAGGAGGCAUUUUACCCAGAGCCUUUUGAGCCUUGCCACCUCAAUGGUCUUUUCAAACCUGCUACAAAAGCUUUUCCAGGACUGACGUUUGGUCCUACGCAAUAUAGCUUUUUGUAGUCUCGUAGAAGAUCUUUAUAUUCGCCCCAGCAUUCAUCAUUCUCUGCUAUUUUGGCCCAGUUGAACAUCUCUCGUACCUUGCGUCUGCAGGACCCGAGUUCCUUGUUCCACCAGGGGGGCUUUGUGUUUUGCCUCAGUUUGUAAUUGAGGACACGCGGAUUGGAAUGCCUUGUUGAGAGCAUUUGUAAAUAGGUUUACGCCCUCCUCUAGUUCUUUGUAAGAUUUAAAAGUGCAAGGUCUGAGUCUCUUACACAAUAAUAGGGUCCCAUAGAGGUCCCAAUUUGCCCUUCUGGGAUCCCUUCUACCUUCAACUCUUAUUUUAGCUUUCGAUUGAAUGGAUGAUGUACCUAUUAUCAGAGAAUGAUGGUGUACCUAACGCCUUCCAGUUCUCCACCAAUACACCUCUACUUGUAAAGAGAGUAAUGUAUAAAACGUUUUUUGAUGUGGGUCCUAUAUAAGUAGGUUCCUCACCUCGAUUGGCUAGCGCUAAACUACUUUGAAUGAUAUAGUUGAAUAGUGACUCACCUCUUUGGUUUAUGUCUGGGCUUCCCCAGAUCGUGUGAUGGGCGUUGGCGUCGGCGCCUACCACCAGCGCCUGCCUCCUGUUACUGGAUGUAGCUGGCAGUUUAUGGAGCUCCGCCGUUGGCGACUCGCUAUCGUGUAGCAUGUAGCAGGAUGCAAGGAGUAUGAGCUCAUCCUUAACACCCUUUACACCCACCACCGUUAGGUCUUCUGUGGAAAGAUGGAGAUCCAUAUGAGAAUACAGUUUUUUGCUCACCAGUAUUGCCGUUCUUACCCUGUUUGUUACGCUCGGAAUGUAUGUUAUAAAGUUUUUUGACUUUAGCCCAGAGACCACGCUACCCGAAGCUAUCCAUGAUUUCUGGACUAGAGCCACGUCGUAGCCGCCCUUCUCUAAAUUGAGAAGGAGCUCGGCUGAGGCGAUCCUACUCUUGUCGAGGUUCACCUGAAGUACGCUCAGCUCCUGAUUUUGCGUCAUCAGACUGCUGGGUAGGUGCCAUCUCCACCACUUGUAAGACCAGUGAAGUCGGCAUUAUCUCUUCAAUGCCGAGAUCUUUUCCACUUCACCUUUUUCGAGAGUGUUCUCGUUGCCGUCCGUAUGCCUGACGUCUAGCUUCUCGGCUGCGUCUUUGCAUCUCCUCCUUUUCGUUGGUGUCUUCGUUUCACCUUCCGUACAGCGCUGCCUCCUCUCCGCAAUAUGCUCCUCAAUACGAUUCGCAAACGCUGGGUUUGAAGCAUUGCACCAAUUACGAGUGGCGAAGUGAGCUCGGCCGUUCUUUACCUCCUCUCUGGCCCAAGCCAACCUUUUCUUCAGAUUAGGCUUGUCUUCGAGUCGGUCGCAAAUCUCGACCGCCGCUUUAUAACGCGCCUUUGCCUUCAACCCCUCCUUGCUUGGCUUCUUUCGGGGCCCUCUCUUGUUGCCAGAGAAGAAGUUCAUCCUCCUUUUCCGUGCAUAUACUUACGGCGCUUUCCUGGUCCGAGUCUUCGUGGACUGUGGAACCGGUGCGACGUAGAAAUCUCGCUGUGCCCGCCGGUGGUAGCAGCCACGCCUCCCACCGACGUUUGGGCUAAUAUCCUAGCCCGCUCUUUUUCGUUUGCUUUGUCCUCCAUGUUGAGUUUUAGAAAUUCGGGGGACUCUACCCCUAGCGUUUUAUACCUAUCGCCAGGUACCUCAUUAGCAAUGGCCAAUGUAGACCCUCAUCCACCCCUCAUGAGGUUGCAUGUGGAGCUGACCACCAUGACGAGGUGAAUGAGGGAUUACACCAGCCUUAGCUAGGUGACGCCUGCCUGCAAUGCAGCGGUUUAGCCUGUCCAUAGACAACCCAUUGCCCAGUCGACACCCGCGCGGAGGGUAUAGCUAAGAGGAAUUCCGUCGACCAUAACGAGUAAUAAAGUGUAAUGUUCGUUGAAUUAGAAUAAACUCGUAUAACGAGUAAUCAAGUGUAAAAUUAGUACAGUGACUCGUAUUUGACAAUCCAGUGAUCGAACUCAGGGUAGAGUUUCAGCGAAAACGAUUUAUUUUGGAAAUCCGUUACAAUAUACUUUGUAUGUGGUUGCAAUUCUAUUCCACCGCUCCCAAUAACACUAUUUCUGCUGAGGAAUCAUGUUGAAGUUGUAUGCGAUUGAAGUGUUUCAACGACAGUACAUACAGUAGAAAACCUUAUUCGUGGGGAAUUCUCGGUGGUAAGAUAGACGCCAUCUUGGAAAAACACAGUGUUGUAUAUAUUGAGUACUUCAUUUUAGUGAAACCUUAGUCAUAAAAAAGCAAAUAUUAUAUAUAUUCUUGUCUUAUAUAAAGCGAAAUUAUUAAUUUAUGCUAUAUUUCACUUAUAGAAGAUUUUAACAUCAAUGUGAGCCAUAUUAUAUGCAAAAAAAAUAUUUAAUAUAAAUGAGAUAUUUUAUAAGUGGUGAGAAUAAAAUACAGCUCUCAUACAAGUACUUCUCUGUGGUAAGUUAUUUUUGGCCACAAUUAUUUAAACUUUACUGCCACAAAAUUAAAAAUAAAACCCAAUUUCGCUAGUUUUUACUUAAAUUAUUUACAAAUAUUUAUAUUUGAAAAGCUUUGAAUAGCAAAGCUUUGAUGUACACAAAAGCUUUAUGAGCUUGAAAUGAUACGUGGCCGCCUCCUUAUUAAACAUUUUUAAAACAAAAUAUGUCAUGAUCCUAUUGAAUAGGUAUUUCAAACCAUCGUGUCCAAAGUAACAAGAAUCAAAAUCGUCAUUUAAUACUAAUACACGUUUUUUUAUGAAAUUUAUAAAAAGCUCAAGUUUGACGAAUCCUUCACUUUUUAUUUUGUAAAAGUAUAGGCGUCUUCAGAGAUCUACCCUUUCUCGAAUAGUGUUAAAUACAGCAAACAAUUGUGUAUAUUAAAAUAUUAAUUAUAUAUAUAACCAUAUGAACAUGAAAAUUAAUUUCUCUGAAGGAAAUCGUUUCCAAUUAUAUCAAUUUACAUACAAUGUCUAAUAGAUUGCUUACUAUCUAUGGAAGACAUUGCCAAAGCUUGAAAAGUUUGCCAAGAACUAUCUUGAACCAGACAUACAUACUCGUUCAAGGUUAUUUAGUGAAAAUUGUUCAAACUGUUUCAUAGUAAUAUUAAAUCUUUUAAAAUUUUAAAGCGCAAAAUACAGUGUCAUUAACCAAGGGAUGUAUUUAUUUAAAUACAAGAUUUAACAAUUUGUUUAAUCGCGUUAUACACUUGUAUCUCUAACUUAUUAAUAAAUAACAUUUAAUACCACUAUAAAAUUUAAUAAAUAUGCGAAAUAAUUUAAAAUAAUUCCAAUAAUAAUGAAAACAUUUAUUUUAUUUAAUAAUUAUUUAAGUACUGUUCAUCGGACUUUAAAACUUUUGUGAAGAUUAAAUGCUAACACAACACCCUAAUUACCACAAUUGUAGCAAAAAAAGCGUAGCGCACAACCCAAGUACGAGUCGGUGGUGUGUAAAAAAAAGAAAAAUAAUGUAAGCAAACCAAUGGUUUUCUACUGUAUAUACUGAGGUUAAAACCUCAUGAAACCUAACUAAACUAUUAACCUAGAAAUGUGUAAAUCCUAAUGUUUUUCCGUGCUGCGAAUAUCUGUUGGAAAACUCUUAUUGUUUUCUUAACUUUUAUUUAUUUUUUCAUUUGUCCGAUUUUGCCUACAAUACAAUCUCAUAUUACUAAUUGUAACGUGUACGAAGUUUUAUGAAGAUAUCAAGAUUUCAAAUCAAAUUAUCGCUCGACCGAAUAGCCGAAUGAACAGACUGAUAGACAUAUCAACUAAAAUUUUAAAUAUAAACUAUUGUAACGAAAAUGGCACCAGAACAAACUAGAAUUGACUAUCGAAAUCGAUAACUUGCCAGAUGUAUCUAGACAUCGAUACUCGUAGUUGCCAGAAUGUUCGAGUGGCGAUGUAUCGCUAACAAUCGACUAUAUAAGGGCUGUCGGACUGGCAGCAACACACAGUUCUGAUAAGAGAGUUGUCGAGUGAGGACAAUUCUAAGAAGAGAGUUGUCGAGAAAAGUGUAAACAAGUUAUAAGUUAGAGUUGUAAAGUAGAGUAUUGAGUACUAAAGUGUUAAGUUAUAAAGAAUUAGAAAUAAAGAUUAGUGUAUAGCCAUUAAAGUGUGACUUUUAUUUGACAAUCCAGUGAUCGAACUCAGGGUAGAGUUUUAGAGUAAACGACAGAUUUUUGGAAAUCCGUUACAAUUGGUGUCAGAAGUGGGUUUGCCAGAUAAAACUGCAGAAUAGAUAAUGACUCAGUUAACUGAAGAAGACAUGAACAUGAUUUUGUCUGCAGUGUCCCAGAUGUCAUCGGAGAUGAAAUCCCAGUUUGAAGCGCAGGAGACACGCUUAACAACAAAGUUGUCCCAACAGAUGAAGGACCAAAUAACAGAGCUAUCAACGCAAAUAUGAGCUCAAUUUUCUUCACAGUUAAAAGAGCGGAUGUCGGAAGCGAAUGGGGUAUCUUCACAGUUGGGAAAGCAGAAGGAAGAAUCAAUGGAUGAGACUUCAAAUAAUGUGGAUGUGUCAAUACAGCUGAAAAAGCAUGAAGAAAUUUUGUUAACACAGACUGAAGCGAAUGAGGCGCGUAUGUCAAAGCCUUGGGAAGCGCAUGUGCAGAUUUCCUCAACACAUUCGGAAGCGAAUAGGGUGUCCUCUCAAUUGGAAAAGCAGGAGGAAGAGUCAAUGGAUGUGACCUCAAAUAGAGCAGACAUAUUAAGACAGCUUGAAGAGCAUGAAGUGCAUGGAGAGAUUUUGUUAACACAAUUGGAAGUGAAUGGGGUGUCCUCACAGUUGAAAGAGGAGGAGUCGAUGGAAGUGACCUUAAAAAGUGAAGAGGUGUCAACACAGCUGGAAGUGUAUGGAGAGUGUGUACCAUCGCAGGUUUCAGAACAGGUGUCUACACAAUUGAAGGAGCAGCAGGCUCAUAUAUUGACGCAGGUGACCCCAGAGAGGACAGACGUGUCAUGGACAAAAGAUUGUGAUAUGAAGGAACGAGAAUCUCAAGAUGAAGCUCCAGUUGUGAAACGUCCAAAGAAAGAUGAAAUGUCUGCAUAACCUCUAGUCGCAAAGGCACACUGGAACGGUUUUAAGUAGGUGGCUGGUUGCUUAUAUCGAGUGUGGAAAGGCAAAGGAGGAUACUGCUCCCGAUCUCUCAUGGUUGUUCGAAACGAAAGAUCACCUAAAGUUCGCUACGAGAUGCACAAAGGUCCAAGUGAAGUGCACAUAAGAAUCACGGAAACCUUGGGAAGGUUGAGGAAUCAGUUUUGUUGGGUUGAUUGUCGUAAGUUCCAAGAGACAUGGUCAGAUGAAGCAGUACAGUUCGGGAACGCCAUUUGAGCAAUUUGCCAUGGUUGUAGCUGGUCCAUUACCUACCAGCAGAUCGGGAAACAGGAGUGGUUUGAUUGCUAGGACGGAUAAAUACCCAAUUCUAUGCCAAGAGACUGUCGAGAUGGUGGACAUAGACAUCAAAAGUUGGGAGAUGUGCAGAGAGGAAAUGUGUCCGGAAAAUAUGUGAAGCUGCAUCACACCCACGAUCCGAUAUCAUGGUGGAAAGAAUCAGUCGAAACUUGGAAGAGCAUUUUAGAAAGCUGGUGGACAGGUAUCACCACAGGUACAGAGAAUGUCCAUAUAUCCAUAUUCCUGGCUUAUCGACCUGCUGUCCAGGAAUCAUCGGCGUAGACGACUGCGAGUAUAAUUUUUGGUUACGGAAUGAGUUAAAGUUUAGGAUUAAUGCCAAUGGAGAAAGGAAUGUUAAGGAGGACGACAGUGUCCUAGAAGACGAAUUAGGGGAAGAAAUGCUAAGCGUUUGGUUCUGGAAGUAUGUCUAAUCGGAACGAUCAGACUUAAGUGGAGGGCAGUGUAACGAAAAUGGCACCAGAACAAACUAGAAUUGACUAUCGAAAUCGAUAACUUGCCAGAUGAAUCUAGACAUCGAUACUCGUUGUUGCCAGAAUGUUCGAGUGGCGAUGUAUCGCUAACAAUCGACUAUAUAAGGGCUGUCGGACUGGCAGCAACACAUAGUUCUGAUAAGAGAGUUGUCGAGUGAAAAAAUUCUAAGGAAAAAGUGUAAACAAGUUAAGUUAGAGUUGUAAAGUAGAGUAUUGAGUACUAAAGUGUUAAGUUAUAAGGAAUUAGAAAUAAAGAUUAGUGUAUAGCCAUUAAAGUGUGACAUUAUUUUUUGACUAUCCAGUGAUCGAACUCAGGGUUGAGUUUUAGAGUAAACGACAGAUGUUUGGAAAUCCGUUACACUAUCCUAUCUUUUAGCGCCUGCUACACGUUCACUAUUUAUCGUGAUAUUUCCUGUAUCGCGAUAUUUAUUGAACGUUUAGCAUGCAAUAUUGAUGGAUCACGAUCCAUAUUAAAAAAUAUUUAACUAUUUUGAAAUCCAGAUCGCAGAUCGUGAGAUAAAUAUUGAACGUGUAACAUAUUUUGUGAUUUACAAGUUCGAAUUGGUGAAAGACAACAGUGCCAACAUUUUAAAAUCGACUUUAUUCUAAUAAGGUGAACAUGCAAUGUACGAAAAAUUAAACAAAUAUAUUUUUAAAAUAUUUUUCUUGUGAAAACACUAACAACAUCGUAUAAUAUUGACGUAAUAUCCAUCAAUAUUCUAUAUAGAUCGAAAUCCAAAUAUCACGAUAAAUAUUGAAGGUGUAGCAGGCGCCUUUAAGUUUGACCAAAUUGAAUUCGUGUUCAAAAUUUCAUUUAAAAUGGUUCAGUAGUAUAGGCGCCAAUCCCAGACAAACAACGUGACAUGGAAUUUAUAUAUAUAUAUAUAGAUUUGGCUUUAUAGCAAGCUGGUUUGUGAUAUGUUUCUUUUUUUUACAUAUUCAUAUUAUUGUAACGGAUUUCCAAAAUCUGUCAUUUACGCUGAAACUCUACCCUGAGUUCUAUCACUGUAUUGUCAUAUAAAAGUCACCAAUUAAUGGCUAUAUGUAUGUAUGUGAUUGGCGUUGCAACCGUUUACCCGGUUAUAGCCGAAUCGACGAUAAGACUCCCCUUGGUUGGCGGGUUUCCCAGGUUUCAGUAGUAGGACCACUCUUCCGAUUUUCAACAUAUCGGGUAUUUUAAGAGUGAUUAGCUACAAAUUGAGAACAUCGAAGAAUUGAUUCCGUCUGGGCGAAUGGCUCAGGAGGACUUGGCCUUCCUGAUGACAUCCCGAACCUCCCCGCUGGUGAAAACAAGUGGCGCGCAGUUGUUUCGCAUUUUGCGCAGCCGUCUAGUGACAUGCCUUUUAGCUUUGUCAACCGGGUGGUGCAGUAUAAAUUGUCGGCUAAAAUAGCUCGCGCACCUCUCCUGGUCCGAGGAGGCAUGGCUACCGAAUGGAAUUUCAACCCGGUCGUCAUGUCUCCUCGGGUUUGACAGGGAUUUGACGGUCCGUCAAACCCUUGGGGAUUUCCAAGUCCGCUAUCUCCACGAUCUUGCUUUGGAUUCCGUUGCAGUUAAAUUGUAAGAGUCGGAUGUGUCGUGGUGUUGCUGUCGUGACCCUGGGAGUGAAGUACAGGUUGAGGUUGUUGCAACUGUGUUACCCGCAAAGGAAAUUGUCGCACUUCGGCUUCGUUUGGCGACUCCGAUUUUGUUGGUUGCGGGUGCAGACUCUUAUUACAGCAUAGGGCAACGUACGAUACACUCCACUCACGUGUGGUGCGCAUGCCGGAACAGUGCAGGAAUUGCAUUUGACUAAGGUCACGUUCCGACGUAUUACGGUCUGACACACGGAACAGACUGUGCCAGGUACCAGGAGUUGCCUUGAAGUGCUCACACGAGGAUUGGAGCGGGAUGAAGGUUGGGGGAUUGGUCGCAUUGGAAGUCAUGUUGCCUCGUUGAGCUCCAGGGGGCCCUAAGUUGACCACUUCCUGGAGGUGGCGGCGCGUUGGGCAAACUAGGUGCUAGUUGCACUGCCGUAGAGUCAAUAGUCGCAGUAGUGCGUUGACAGCAUGGGGACACAUUACGUGUGGUCCACUCCCUACGAGUCUUAAGGCCUGAACAGGUCUUAAGAUGGCUCCAUCCAUUGCAUGAAUUACACCUAACUGAGGUGGAGUUUGGAUGGAGCUUCUUAGCGCAGGCCCUGCUGCAAUUCGUUGCUCCAAUGUUGACUAGACUUAGUACUUAUCGAUAAUAACAGGGAUAGACCGUUGAAAGGGCAGCCCUUAACUGGAUAAAAUCCGGGUCAACUCCGGUAACGUAGAACCGGCUGCAGUGGGAGUUGGCCGUCGCUACGUCAUGUCGUCGUCUUUGUGUUCAGAGCAUAUCAUAUCACUCGUUUAUGCGUAUGCAUGCGUUUAACAUGUUAAGGAUCGGAUUUGAAUACGCAAAGAUGUUGAAUAUUUUAGGUUUGUUUCGUCGAAAAAAGACAUAUUUUCAUGAAUUUUUUUAGAAAAAAUUAUUGCUGUAGGUUUAUUUUACUUAUUAUUAUAUGAAAGUACAACAUUUGAAGGAUACUUAAAAAAAGUUUUAUCGAAAAAUUGCGAGGAAUAACGGAUUUAUGGUCGAUCUCUGCAGGCAUCUCGAAAAGAAGUGUUUGUGCGGUGACCAGCCUACAGCAUCGCUGGAUCAUCCGAAACCAAAAAAUCAAAAUGUUUUCUUUAGUUUAUUAGUUUAGCUUUCAAUUGACGUCGAGUUUUUUUUUAAUUUUUAAAUUUUUGGUACCAUUUUCAAGCCAAAAUGACGAUUUUAGACGAAAAAAUCGACCUAUUUGUUAUUGUAAAAUUGUUAGUAAUUAAAAUUUUUGGAAAAGCUCCACGUAAUUCGAGAGCUAUAUAUAUGUAGAAUAUUUGUUAAAAAUUUCAAAACGAUCGAUGCACUAGUUUUUUCUGUAGGCUGGUCACCGACUUUAAAAAUGACAUAUUUGGGAAAAUCGAUUCAAAGUUUUGUACACUCAGCGCAGGUUGCUGGAGGUACCGUUAUUCAACCUGCUGUAACUUUGUUAGUUUUUCUCCGAAUGACCUAAAACUUUAACACAAUAUUCUUGAGAUGUUGAUGGUUCAGAAAAAAAAUAAAAAAAAAAUUAAAAAAACAAGUUGUCAAACCUUACCCCCCCCUCGAACUAACCCCGAUUAAAGCAGUUAUUCCGAGUUAACGCCGCCGGGUGUUAAUGUAAAUUUUAAAGGAAUUGACUGAUAAAGUAGAUAGUUUAUAUUUUAAUUCUUCACCUUUUUUCAUUUAGAAAUGAAGCUAACAGCCCUAUUCUCAUGCCCUCACAAAAAUUACCACACUCACUACUGUGCGGUUUUUGAAUUUCGUGAUGAUUACCUUAUUCUGGCGAAAAUUCAAAAGCUCAAAUGCUCACAAUUUUGUCAAACUUCAGUGUCGUAUGAAAGCAGCAAUUUCAAAAACAUCUGUGAUUGUUUCGUUUUGCAUCAAUAUUUGAAAACAAAUAUGUAUGUAAAUAUUUGAGUUUUAUAACUAGCAUAGAGGAACUAUUUUAUUUUGUUUGUGCUGCUAGUGUUGAAGAGCAGGAGGAAUCAGUAAGGAGGUAGGAAGAAAAUUUUGAAGGGUAUGUGAGCAAGGAGACCAAGGAUAUUCAUUGGAACCAUGCAAAUUUUUGACGGGCGAUGUCACAUUAGAAACGCCGUACUGUUCGUUCGUUUUGUUUCGAUAUCUUCACUGGUGCUUAAUUUAUACGUCCUAAAGUGGGGGAUGGUCAUAUGUAGAAGUUUACGCAAGUGAGGAAAAGUACUGACCACCAAUCAAUUAGGAGUGCCCAGGAAUAAUUGUUUUGGAUAUGACUUAAGCAGCUCACGACUUCCGGUUUUAGACCAAGCACCCUCUGGGUCGCCAACAGACAUCCGUUUAGAGACGAGCUAAAGUAAGACAGCGAAGCCCGAUUCUGCGGUUGUGCGUAGGGAUUGGGACCCACCACAUAAAUUCGUUGAAAUUGAUCAAAUAGUUUCUGAGAUUUGAUUUUGACCCGUAAGUAGGCGGCCCUUUUAGUAGUUUUAAAAAUAACAUUUCUAUGGGAGGUGGGCAUGGAGUGCCUAAGGGAAGUGACUCCAAGAAGUUUGGUUGAUAUAGCUUUAACAGUUUACGAAAUAUGUACAAAAACAUUAUAAGGAGCUGAUCAACGCCCACUUUUACAAACAAACUCCAUUCUAAUAUACCCCGAUGUGACCCUCUAUACAAAAUUAAUUACUAAGCUUUAUUUAUGGCUUAGUUAUAGUACUUUAAAACUUUUCGGUGAACGCCAUUUAGACAUGGCAAUAGUAUGAUUUCGUCCAUUUACAAUAGCAACCUCUCCUAGUGGCCCGGAAUAUGUUUACCCAGUUUCACCAAGAUAUCUCAAUUUUUACUCAAGUUACCGCUUGCACAGACGGACGGGCAGACAUGCAUCCGGAUUUCAAAUAUACUCGUCGCCCUGAUCACCCUGAUCACAAAAUAUAAAUUUAAUUUGUAUACUUUCGAAUAAUUUUUCAUAGAGUAUAAUAGUUUUGCCCACUGAAGGGUUAUUUGUAACACCCAAAACUAAACAAGCUUGAGGUGUUAUACAAACAUACAUAUAUGUAUGUAUACAUAUGUACAUACAUAUGAAUAUCAAAUUGUUCAAUGAAACUUAAGACACGUGUUACUUGAAUAAAAUCGCAAAAUUAAAUGAUGCUUAGGAUAGUGUGGAUCACUUCCGACCACACCGACACCGAUUGGCACUCAAUUCCUUACUGAAUACUGUACCCGUGGGCAUAACCGGAAAGGGUAUGGCCCGAAAACCACUAUCAAUCUCAGGCAGGCUGGGUAACUAAUGGAAUGUAUGGCUGGGGACUCCAGAAUCCUCGCGUAUUUUAUUUUCAUUUUUAGGCUACCUAACCAUGUUACCAAGCCUAGUCCUGGCUCUCUCUUAUCUGCUCUUAUAUGUAUAUGCCUUCAAGAUAGGCUUAAAUGGGUAGUAGACGCUGGGGGAGAGUCGCUGAGAGCUUCUUUACGGAUGAGUUGUACAACUGGUAAAAGAAUUCCUGUCCUCAUUAUCAGUGACAGCAGGCUACGUCGCGAUUAGACUAGUUUGAGUGCAUCACCUCAACCGUAUCGCGGGAAAUUGCGAAGUUAAUGAGCUUGCUAGGCUAGGUAUGUCAGUUUUACUACAGUACAUUCUCUUGUGGUUUACUACUAGACGUUUAUCUGACGGUGUGCAUUCCGAUGGAAUAUUGGCCAGUUUCAUUAGAUUCAUCGAGGAGGACGAGGUGGAAUCAUUUCAACUUUUCCCUUGUUAACUCGCUAACGAAAACGCCAGCAGAACUUAAUUUUAUAGUGAAGAAGAUAUAGAAACAUCACCACACUAACUUCUGAUUAUCUUGGCGACAUGUUUUAAUCUUCGCUGGCAUUGUCUCGUCACAAUUUAGAUGAGCACCGAAAUCGUAGGUUUUUACAUUGCUUUAUGUCAUAUGGAAUGGAUUCUUCCAAAAAGCAUCGACUUUAAUUUUAUCACCAUUUACAAAUCUUCCGGCAAUAUCUCCAUGAGCUUACAUGAAUGAGAAAUAACCGGAAUUUCCUUUUAAAAAAUAACAAAAAUGUGGGUUUCAAAAGUGAAAUUCAGAACACCAAAUGUGGGAUUGAAUAGGAAUUUGUUUGAAUUUCAUUUGGAAGUGAAUUAUAGAACCUGCCAGAUUAUGUUUAACAUCAGCAGUUCGCAGUUAUUUUUUAAUAUAAGUGAAUUAUAGAACCUGCCAGAUUAUGUUUAACAUCAGCAGUUCGCAGUUAUUUUUUAAUAUAAUACUGUAAAAAAGGUUUAACCACAGUACACUCUAGAAUCGUAUAGAAUGUAACAUUUACAGCAUUUAACCUUUAUUUAAACCGUAUACAAUAAAAUUCAAAAUUAUAUCCAAAUAUCUUGUUGGCAAUCUCUUCAUAUGUUGAGCUGUAACACUUUUUAUUAAAACAACCGAUUAAUUUUCAAUAACUUUACUGCAUCAUUUUUUUUACUGGUUUUCCGGCUGUUCCAUCAAACGUAUGAAUACAAUUGUUCUUUGUCAUUUUUUAAAACAAUAUUAACGCAUUCUAUAGGUGUUAUGUUCAUCGACAUCUGAAAGCUCACCUUUAAAGUGAACAUCAAUGACAAAAUCUAAAUCGCGAUUAUU